GCUGGCUAAAAUUUCCUCUGGUGAUUAUAAACUUAUACAUUCUCUAACGGAUCCCACUUGGGAGUCAACUUUUGCGAUUAGACAUUGUCGUUUCUUCAAGAUACCCUUUGUACACUUUUUAGACCUCAUCACCUCUUCAUAAUGUCUGCAGACGGCGAGCAGGUGGCUUUCCAAAAGCCCGGCGACCUCGUCGAGCGCAACUUGGACACUAACAUGAUGUCAGUGGAAAGUCUUUGCAUGAACUGCCACGAGAACGGAACCACGAGAUUCUUACUCCUCCGUGUGCCUUACUUCCGCGACAUCAUCCUCGAGUCUUUCGAAUGUGACCACUGCCACUUCAAGAACAACUCGAUAAAGUCCGCAUCGCAAAUCCAAGAGAAGGGCGCGAAGUACACGCUCGACGUCGAGGAUGAGACCGACAUGCAGCGUCAGGUUAUCCGCAGCGACGUCUCCGUCUUCAAGGUCGAGUCCCUCGGCAUUGAGAUGCCCAAGGGUGAAGGUCAGUUGACCACCGUUGAGGGUGUCAUCCAGAAGAUCCACGAGUCUCUGUCGAGCGAGCAGGACUUGCGCAAGGAGCAGGCACCCGAGCUGCACGAUGCCCUGGUGCCCAUCAUCGACAAGCUUCAGAAGAUCCUCGACCGCCAGGGCUUCCCCUUCACCAUCUCCCUCGACGAUCCCACCGGCAACUCCUGGAUCGCCCCCACCCCCCAGGACUCCGGCCACAAGUACCGCCGCCGUGACUACCUGCGCACCCACGAACAGAACGAGGAGCUCGGUAUCGCUGGUGACCCCAACGCUGCGAAGAACGAGGGCGAGGCUCAGCCCGAGCAGGACGACGACGAAGAGAUCAUUGCCGGCAAGGUGUACUCCUUGCCCUCCGAAUGCCCGGCUUGCUCCAAGGACUGCUUCGUGAAUAUGAAGAAGAUCGAUAUCCCCUACUUCAAGGAGGUCAUCGUGUGGGCUACGGUCUGCGAUCACUGCGGUUACAAGUCGAGCGAAGUAAAGACCGGCGGCAGUGUGCCCGACAAGGGCAAGCGCAUCACCCUCCGCGUCGAUAACGAAGUCGAUCUCUCUCGUGACAUCCUCAAGUCCGAUACUUGCGCCCUGUACAGCAACGAGCUCGAAGUCCGCGUCGAGCCCGGUACGCUCGGUGGCCGGUUCACCACCGUCGAGGGUCUUUUGACCGAGAUCCGCGACCAGCUGCACGGCCAGAUCUUCGAUUUCGCCGACACCAGCGCCGGUGACAGUAUGGCCUCCGACGACAAGGAGAAGUGGGAGCGCUUCUUCAAGCGUCUCGACGCGGCUAUCAGCGGCGAGAUGAAGUUCGUCAUCACCCUCGAGGAUCCCAUGGCCAACAGCUACGUCCAGGACCUGUGCGCCCCCGCCGUUGACCAGCAGAUCACUACGGAGGAGUACACUCGUACUGACGAGGAGGAGGAAGAGCUCGGACUGAAGGACAUGAAGACCGAGGGUUACGAGGCUGAGGAGAAGCCCGCUGAGCAGCAGUGAAGCCGGUCUCUAUACCCAUAGACCUUUCUCUUUUUAUUUUUCUUCUCGUUGAUUGAUGAUGACCUUUUCUUGGUUUCACGAUGCCCAUGAUCCAUUUACGGUGUUGUCUUGACCAGUUUUUUUUUUUUUUUUUUAUUCCUGC